AUGCAGAAGAUGAAGUCCAGCGCGAGUGUGGUUGAGGGGAUACUCGGACGAGAUGGCCGAACAAUGUCGGAGUUGGAGGACAUCACUCUCGAAUGCGAGAGCAUAGUUUGCUGCUUUGGAGAAGCGGCAAGUCCGGCCGAGCGGGUGGUCACAUCGCUCCCCAUCAUCAUCCAGGCUGUGCACCAUGUCGAAGAAGCGCUGUCCCCGCUUUUGUCGGCAGUGGAAGAUGUGUUUGGGAGUGAGCCCUUCCUGCGGCCUGGAGAGGUGGAAAGGUGCUCCUACGAGAUCCCAGCAGGUGGUUGCGCUUUCUGCACGGAAAGUCCAGGAGACGUUUGCUUGCCGUUUCAGGCAUUUGGCGUGAGCCUGCUGCAUGGCAUGUGCCAGGGUCGAGCCGGCGUGACUCCAGACGUCUUACUGGAGGAGUUGGGGGAUCCGGCGCAGCCGAUUCGCAUCCUCAGUACGAACAGCAAGUCCGGGGAGAUGUUUUUCAUAUCCCAAUCGGGGAAGUUCAUCAUCAAGAGCAUCUCGGAUGCCGAGGGGAAAGGGCUGGAGGCAAUUCUCCCGAGCUACGUCAGCCACCUUGCCGGAGAGGAAGGCUCCAUUCUUGGGCUUUAUGUCGGACUGUAUCGGAUCGACAUGGGCUCCGGGUUGGGGCAGCGCUACUUCACCAUCAUGCGCUCGGUCUUCGACUCACCAGUGCAGAUGAGCAGGAUGUACGACCUCAAGGGCUCCACCCACAACCGCAAGGUGAAGGACGAUUCCGAAAGAGUUCGCAAGGACGAAGAUUGGAUCUCGGAUGCAUGUCGCUUGGCCGUGUCCCCCGAGGAUGCUGCCAGCCUGGAGAAGAUGCACGGAAGAGACACUGCUUUCCUCAGCGAGUUCUCGAUUAUCGACUUCUCGGUGCUGAUUGGAAUCGCGGAGAUCCAGGAGUCCGAUGAGAUUCCACCCCAUGCCUGGCAGAGCGUGGACAAGUCGCAGUGUUACUUCAUCGGCAUUGUCGACGUGCUGAUUGAGUAUGGGCUCCGGAAGCGACUCGAGCAUCUGCUCCACACUGUGAAAGGUGUGGGCCAGACCGCGAGCGUCACGGACCCAAACAGCUAUGCCAAGCGCCAGCGUCGAUUCUUCCGCGAGCACGUCCUCCCCGUGUGUGACGAGGUGGUGAUCGACCGGUCGGAGCAAGUACAACGCAUCGAGCGCAUCGAGCGCGAGGUGGCUUCCCCGCCCCGUCCCUCCGUGACGGCUCCGGCCCUGGAGAAAGUCGAGGAGGCGGCAACAGACCAAGGGCGGCGGAUGUCGACCGUGGGCUUUUAG